AUUUUGCGUCAAGACGUAUGUGAAAUCGUAUAGUGUUUACACGUGCGUUUAGUAACAAGUGUGGAUUCCAGUUCCAUACUGUAGUAGCGGCGUAUAUUCACGAGGGAAUCUGAUAAUAAAUGCAAGCGUAUUCUAGGUACCAGCUUAGAUAUGUUAUGUCAUAACUAACGGAACAUUUUAAAACGGCAGCGGUCUGUUUUCUGCCAGGUUUAGCAAUUAGCUAGCCUUAGCCUGCUAUUAAGACAGUUGUGAUGACGUGUGGUGUUAGCCACCAAUAUAGCUAACUCAUAAAAAGUGUGGUAUUUCUACGUUGCGAUGCUGUACUUUAUUGGGCUUGGGUUGGGAGAUGCAAAGGACAUCACCGUAAAGGGGUUAGAAAUUGUAAAGCAAUGCAGUCGUGUAUACUUGGAAGCCUACACGUCCAUAUUGACAGUUGGGAAAGAUGCAUUGGAGGAUUACUAUGGACGGGAGCUGAUACUGGCUGACAGAGACAUGGUGGAACAGGAGGCUGAUGAGAUCCUGAAAGGGGCUGACGUCAGUGAUGUGGCAUUUCUUGUGGUGGGAGAUCCAUUUGGCGCCACCACCCACAGUGACUUGGUCCUGAGAGCAGUGAAUGCUGGGAUACAAUACAGGGUCAUCCAUAAUGCCUCUAUCAUGAACGCAGUUGGAUGCUGCGGCCUCCAGCUGUACAACUUUGGAGAGACGGUGUCCAUUGUGUUCUGGACAGAUACGUGGAGACCGGAAAGCUUCUACGAUAAAAUCAAGAAGAACAGGGACCUGGGGAUGCACACACUAUGUUUGCUUGAUAUCAAAGUCAAAGAGCAGUCCAUGGAGAACCUCAUGAGGGGCCGUAAGAUUUAUGAACCGCCCAGGUUUAUGACCGUGAGCCAGGCGGCUGAGCAGCUCCUGGAGAUAGUACAAAACAGGAGGGAGCGGGGAGAUGACCUGGCCAUCAGCGAGGAGACCAUAUGUGUGGGUCUGGCCAGGGUGGGAGCAGAGGACCAGGUCAUCCUCGCGGGGACACUCCGCCAACUGGCGUCAUGUGACCUGGGCGGCCCGCUGCAUUCCAUGAUCGUUACGGGUCACCUGCACCCGCUGGAGGUAGACAUGUUGCGUUUGUCAGCUGCCACCCCCGACGCACUGCAGAACCUCCGAAUGACCGACAGCUCAACGUACACCUCCUAAUGCCUCAAGAAUGACUCUCAGGAUCUCCAAACGACCUAGCACACACAAACACAGGACCAUGUGUCAUAUAGGCCUGCUAACUUCUGUUGACUUGACACGCCUAGCCGCUGACCGAUACCAAACACCAGUAGAUCUGGAUCGACAUUAGGGUUAUGUAUUUAAACGUUCCAUCCCGGGUAUAAUCCAGUAUUUCCCACCAGAACUGUCAUUCUAAAGCAUAUAAAUAUCUCUGAUCAGCAUGAAAAUUCAAGCCAUACAUUAAAGACAUUGUAUUUAACAUUCAGCAAAUAAGUUUGCAUCAUUUGAAAAGUUUUUGUUCUGACAUGCACUGUGAACUAUAGGACCUUAUGUAGACAGGUGUGCCUUAAUCAUGUAGAAACAGGAUGCACCGGAGCUCAAUUGAGGGAUAGUUUUUGUCGUUAUGGGGUAGUGUGUGUAGAUUAAGAACAAGGCUGUAAUGUGAAAGGGAAGGGGUUUGAAUGCUUUUUAAUGGGCAAUCCGUUACUUUGCUUCCCUAAAAAAAAAAAACCCUGUGCUUUAUCUAAAAUCACAACGCUAGCUGGCUAUGGCAUCAAAAUGUUAUUAACAUGAUUGAAGAGGUAAUGGAGGAACAUAACUGAGUCAGAUUAUCUUGGUAAAAAAUUAAGCUGUCCUGUAAUUAUGUUUGCACUUCAUUUUCCAAGAAUACAAAUCUUCUGGUAUGCGCAGCACUACUGCCAAAAAGUCAACCUGGACCCCUAUCUGGGCCUGUGAAACCAGAAUUAAGAGAUUUCUUACACAGACCAAAGCAUAUAUUUCACUGAUUUAUUAAUACUGAUGUGCUUGAAUGACACUUAGAAUUCAUCAUCUAGUUCCUGAGUUGGAAGGAUUUUUUAAAGGCGACAGCAACUCCCUUUCCUCCUCCAGAUAAUGUAAGGGCUCGUAUCGCUGAAGUUCACAGCUUCUGAAAUGUAAAAAAUAUGCAGCGUUUACCAUGAAUGCAGUCUCUGCUUAAGCUGAAUAGCUGUAGCUCUUCAGUGCUACAGAUAGUCGAGCCCUACUUGAUAUGCAACAAUUUAAUGACAGUCAAAAAUAAAAAAUGUACAGAUAAGAAAUCAUGGAUGACAGCGCAAACUGAGCAAAAUACAUUUGAAAAUGUGCGCCACCUCUUCUCUCAAAUAUCCAUGUAACGAAUAAACAUUGAUGUGCAAUCUG